AUGGCAUCAUCAUCGUCCAACACUCGAAAACGUCGAGCAACGGGUGCUCCUGGGUUUGUUCGACAUCAUAUCUUGUCGAUGGAGGAGCUUGUUGGUGCACCACCAGACGCCCCUUUGACCACUUCUCUGCAUCGCGUCACGAACGACAAUCGACGCGUCCAUACACAGAGUGUUGUUGUCGAGCCCACUUCUCCAGUCAAACGAGCACGGCUAAACCAUCUUCAUCGCCAGGAUGGAGCUCUCAAUCAUACUCCCGCCGAGGAUCCUGAGAGAUAUGAGAUAUGUUUGGAAGGCGAAGAAGAAGAAGAAGACGAUGUAGAGACCAAUGCGGCUCGACACAGCCAACCUGCAGCCUUCAGGACCCAGCAAUGGAUCGAUGGAUGCGUGAAUGCCGGGACUCUUUUUUGCAAUCUCUCCUCUGGCGCGAUGGACGAGGCAAGGAAGGAGACCUCUGCGGUACAUGUCGUGACAGCGCCUCUCCAGCCAUAUACCGCUGCCUAUCUUGCUUUGGUGGAGCUAUGUCAUGUCAAGGCUGUUGUGUCGAAGCUCACCGGGCUAACCCCUUGCAUUUCAUUGAGACUCUCACAGAAAUGGACGGGUGUGUACUUUAUCAAGACCACUCUUCGUAGCCUUGGUCUACGCAUCCAACUCGCGCACCCACUCAACGAAAUCUGUGACCGCCCAAUGGCAGGACGAAGUGACUUUGUGGUUUUGGCAGCUAACGGGAUACACGAAGUUGCCGUGGACUUCUGCGGCUGCAUGGGUCAUGACGCAGACUGUGUUCAGUUGUUGAAGGCUGGAUGGUAUCCGGCGACGACGGAGUUUCCACGAACUUCCGCAACCUUCUCCUGCUUGGACCGAUUUCACUAUCUUUCCCUCCACGGCAAAACAACGACAUACGACUUCUAUUCUGCACUCGAGUCUUGCACGGACGGGACUGGUAUCAAGCCACCUGAUCGAUACUCUGUUUUUAUGCGGAUUUCACGGCAAUACCGACAUCUUCUGUUGCUUAAGCGGAAGGGUCGUGGUCAUGACCGUUUCGGUGUCAUGGGAACUGCUUCAGGAGAGCUUGCCAUUCGUUGCCCUGCCUGUCCGCGGCCUGGAAUCAACUUGCCAGAAGGAUGGGAGAAUGCUCCUCCUGAAGAUCGGUGUCUCUACAUCAUGUUCAUCGCUAUGGACGCUUGUUUCCGAUUGAAACGCCGUUCAAUCUCCAACGAGCUACGUGAUCCGGGUUUGGGAACGGGGUGGGCUUACAUGGUCGAAUGGGAACCGUAUCGAGCUCAUUUACUAACGAUAACUGACGAGCAAGAGAUGAGCACCUGUAGCGGUCUUGCUGCUUUGGACCAUGCAAACACCAAGUUUUCUCGUGGUUACAGUGUAACCGGGGUUGGCAUGGGCGUCUGCGCAAGACACGAAUUCGUAUUGCCCAACGGCGUCGGAGACUUACAGGCGGGCGAGCGGUAUGGGAAUAUGGACUAUAUCUUCGGUUCGUUCAUGCGGCAUAUCGACGCUCGUCUCUGGAAGAUUCUCUCAUACGACAUUCUUCCGCCCCUUGUCCGUCUUCGCCUCGCCCUGGCUUUGAUUCGAUUUGCAAUCCCCAAGAUGCACAUCAAGGGCCAUCUCGUCUUGUGCCAAAUUCUCUUUUCCCUACUACUCAUCCUCGGCUCGGGCAUGACGGAUGGCGAAGGAAUCGAGCGACCUUGGAGUAUGAUUGGCGGAAUUGCUGGCAGUACACGGGUUUGUGGACCGGGUGCUCGCUGGGACCAGUUGGAUGACCACUGGUCAUUUUGGAACUGGCUGAAGCUACUGCGUCUUGCCGUCUUAUUGCGUCGAAGGACCGACAACGCAAAAGAAGAACUUGCGAGACAAGAACUCGACUUCGAACAAUUGUCAACUGGCCAUGCAGAUCGUGUGCUGGACUGGAAAAAACAAGUGGAUGAAUUCGAGGCCGAUAACAUGAAACCUAACCCUUACGAGUACAAAGCUGAAGGUAUGAGCGAGACUGCUGUCCGCAAAAUGCUUGAAGAGCAGGAAGCUGAAGAAGAGAAGUCGGGGGCACUUCCGAUUCACGACAUCUCCCCGACUGAAUUCAUUGUUGCCUUGUUAGAUGUGGAGGGAGACCAGCGUCGCAUUCGUGGAUUGGUCGAUGUGGGCAAGAAACGCUCCUCAACUGGAGUUAGUCUCCGUCGUCAACGACGCAAACUCAAUCGCUCUAUUAAGCGUUUGCGAACGCUCCAAGCAACAUAUAUGCCGGCGGCUCUUCUGCGUCUCGAUGCACUCCACUUGACUCAAGAAACCCUCGCGGAGCACGUCCCCCUUCUUCCUCCUUCUGCCCUUACUGCUGUCGAGCGUGAGAACGGUGGCUGUCGAGAGGGACUGGUCGCUAUCGAGCAGACGCUACGGGAUGCUCAGUGUCGCUCAUCGUUGACAAGCUUGCAACUACAACUGCAUGUCAAAGCGAGGCUCCUCACUUACAAGAAGAACAACUCAUGCGCUCAAGUAAUGAAUACGCGUUCGAGAUCGUUGGUCGAUCAAAAUGAGCAAAAGAUCUUGCUCUAUUCCGAAAAAUACCAGCAAGCUCGGCGAGCACUGGUAGCUCUUGAAGGAGAAGACCUCAUAUUGUGGCGGAAACUCGAGAAGAAGGAUAUCCGAUGUAUGGAGGAUGCUGAGGAGGUCUCGCGAGCAGAGCGGAAACGGGAAAGGGCAGAACGAAAUGAACGCAGACAAGAUAUGGCAUUGGCGCAAGCUGGCCUUCUUGCUCUGCCAAAGGGCCCUGCGCCGAUGGAGACUACACACGGCCAGAUCGACGACACGCAGCUCGUGAAGCAAACGCUGUGUUUAAACACGGAGAAAGUUGACGCCAAGUAUCCUGGAUCUGGAGCAACGUCCAAAACUCCUCACAGGGAGUCGAAGAAGCUCUACGAAUCGAAUGGGCGAAGUCUUACGCACGAACUCGUCGUUGGAAAGAAGAAGUACGGAUAUUGGACGCGGAAUGGCAACGACUCCCGCUCUCCUUUGGUGCUGAGGAGCAGGCGUGGCUUACUCGGGGGAAGGGGGUUGACAUCAGCGGAUUGGGAGGGGGGGGUUGCGGAGGGGAUGAUUGCGUAUGCGACGAAGCAAGCUGACAUAUUUCGCAACCUGGCAGCUCGCGCAGAGAUUGUGCGAACGAGUCCGAAGUUAGCGCGAGGAAAGCGAGCUGCAAGAGCAGUUAAUGUUGUUUAUUUGUCCUGCGAUGAUGACGGGGACAUCGUCGAUGGGCUCGUCGAUGUAGAGGAUGAGGACGAGCACGGAAAUGCCAGUGACGAUGAUGAAAUGUAA